AUGAGAACAUGUCAGCGACCCGGCAACGGCACUCUGGGUCGCCAUAUCAGCCUGCACACGAAUUACUUUGAGCUGAAGUUUCAUCCGGACUUACUUCUGUACUGGUAUGAAGUGCGCAUCACGCAUGCAAACCAAGAUACCCUUGAGAUUGUGGGCAGACAAGUAGCGACCCAGGUCAUCCUCCGUCUAUUGAGGACCGAACUUGCUGUAUACCAGAGGGGUAUUGCCUCUGACGGAUACAAGAACCUGAUCACACGUUGCGAGUUACCUCUCCAUGACGCCCCUUAUCUUGUUGACUACCAGCAGCAUUGCUACCAAGUCAUGGUGGUGCCAGCGGGCGUCCUGCAAUUCUCUCAGAUAUACCAGCUGCUAAAAGAACCCGCUGAAAAUCGACAUCAUCCUCUAACAGAGGCACAUAUCCAUGCCUUGAACAUCAUCCUGGGACAUCAACCCAAGUUCUCGCCCGAUAUCAAAGUCUCCGGGGCAGGAACCUACCUUGACCUCGACUCACGCAUGAGCCUGGGAUCCGGGUUACAUAUGCUGCGCGGACUCUUUCUCGUUGCCCGUGAGGCACAAGGGCGACUGUUCGUCAAUGCAGCCCCCAAGAUCGCAAUCUGUUACGACGACGUUCCUCUCGACAGACUCAUCCUGGCGUACAUGCGUCAGAAUGGCUCCGACAUGCACAAAAUCGCGGGACUGGUUCAUAAUCUCCGCGUUCAAGUGACGCACCUUGGCAUGAGGAAACGCGCAGGCAGUUUUGUCCCACGGGUCAAAACGAUCUGUGGUUUGGCCGCCCCCGGAGAUGGGAAUGGGCUGGUAUUCCCACCCAGAAUACCGUGGCUCGGGGCUGGGGCCAGAGAUGUCCAGUUCUUCCGCGAGCCGCGGUCUCCGGCCCACGAGGUUGACAGUGGGAUUGUUCUGGGAAGCCGGAAGAGAAAGCGGCCCUUGUCAGAAGGAUAUGUUACCAUCAUGGAGUACUUCCAGUCAGUCUACAACAUCGCCAUCGAUGAUUCUUGGCUCCCGGUAGUCAAUGUCGGAACCGUUGCGAAUCCUUCGUAUCUGCCUGCUCAGGUUUGUCGGGUGCUCCCGGGUCAGUCCGUACCUGCAGCCAUCGGUGCCGCUCAGUUUCAACAGGGCACUCGCGGUGGCCCAGACCGUCGACGGCCAAAAGCCACGCCCGCUUCCCGAUUUGCCUCGAUGGAGACUGAGCUGUCAAGCGUCUUGGGUCUCUCCAGGACUGGCGGGGCGACUUUGACCUCCUUUGGUGUUACCCUUGUUCCAGGUAUGGCAAAAGUAUCCGGCCGCGUUCUGGACCCCCCUUCUAUCGAGUAUCGCCAAGGACGACAAGCUGCCGUCCAAGGAGGCGGAUGGAACUUGCGUGGGAUGAGGUUCGCAAAGAGCACAUGUAUUUCCCGGUGGACAUACUUGUGGGUUUCCAUGGGCCGUCAGUCGCAUCAACCGCGUCCGGACAAAUACCGCAUAGAGGAAGCUAUCCAGAAAUUUUGCACCCGUAUGAAGAUGCUUGGGAUCAAUAUCCCCGAUGCUCGUCGGCCGGGUAUGAAAGUAUCUCUAACGGAUAGCUCUGUAACCAUGGAAGGUGUCCCUGACAGUCUAGCUCAUGCUCUUGACAGUAUCGAUGGUGCAUCGUUAUCAUUUCUUCUGAUCAUCCUUCCGCAAGCGGCCGAGAGGCUCUAUAGCCGAAUCAAAUAUCUCUGUGACGUCAAAAGAGGCAUUCGGAACGUCUGCGUCAUUGAAGAUAAAUUUCUUCGUUCCAAUGACCAGUUCCUGUCCAAUGUGGCCCUUAAGCUCAAUCUGAAGCUGGGGGGUAUCAACCAGACGUUGCCUGACCACAGCCUCGGCAUCAUAGGAAACGGGAAGACCAUGGUCGUUGGAGUGGACGUGACGCAUCCGACAUCCGGAAGCCUUCCUGCACGGGCUCCCAGCGUAGCGGCCAUGGUAGCCUCAGUGGACCGCUUUCUGGCGCAAUGGCCGGCGGAGCUGUGUAUCCAACCCGCUCGCCAGGAGCUAGUCACCCAGAUUGACGCAUUACUCACGUCCAGGUUGCACGUGUGGCGCAGGUUUAACCGGGGACAACUUCCCGAAAACAUCCUCAUCUACCGAGACGGGGUUUCGGAUACUCAAUAUGGAAGCGUCCUCAGUGUGGAGCUCCCUCGGCUGCGCGAAGCAUGCAAUGAUCUCUACGGUAGUAUGGGUCAACCCGAGCCUCGGAUUUCCAUCGUGGUCGUGGGCAAGCGACAUCAUACCCGGUUCUUCACAGCUCCUCGGCCAGGGCAGCGACAUGGCGGUCCUCAACAUACCAAUCCUCCUAAUGGCACGGUCGUGGAUCAAGGUCCUGCCAACAGCAGCAAGGUCUGGGACUUUUACUUGCAGUCCCACACGGCGAGUCGGGGCAUCGCUCGCCCUGGUCAUUACGUGGUGUUACUCGAUGAGAUCUUCCAGCCUCCGCAGUCCAAGGCGCACCCCAACCCGGCCAAUGCCAUCCAGGCCUUGACCCACAACAUCUGCUACAUCUCGGGUCGAGCGAUGAGAGCGUCCAGCGUCUGCCCCCCGGUGGUCUACGCGGACCUGGCGUGCUUCCGCGCCCGGUUCUAUGUGGAGGAGAUGCUGUGUCAGCCAUCCCGAGGAGAUACAUACCCGUUGGAAUUGUCGUUGCACGAAAACGUCAAAGACACGAUGUUCUAUAUCUAA